AUGUCAUGGGCAGAUCUGCCGCCAGAGCUUGUCUGCCGCAUCGCCGACGGACUUGAUGACCUCAAGUGCUACGCGAGUGCGCGGGGAACAUGCCCGACUUGGCGUUCCGCGCUCACGCCACCGUCUCCGUCGUUGCUCGUGGACCACGGCGACGACCCCAUCAAGCGCUACAUCACCACCGCCAUCAAGCGUCGUACCACUGCAGCCUCGAUCCUCACGCGUCGCUCCUUCGGGCUCAAUCCCAUCCCUUCAGGCAAGACCUGUCUUGGCUGCUGUGGCGGAUGGCUUUCCCUCUCCGUCUGCAUCGACGGUGGUCAUAGUCUACUCAGCCUCUUCCACCCAGUCAUGGCUGCCGAGAUCCUCCUGCCCCCGCCGAUCUACGACAGCCGCCUCGUCUCCAAGAUGGUCUUUGCGCCCAACCCCACCACCGACGACUUCCUGGCCGCCGUGAUAUGUGACAUCAAUAGGCUUGCCUAUGUCACCGCUGGGGCCAGGAGGUGGGCCGUCCUCGACCCCAUCCGCCUCGCCACUGGAGACCAGAUCGUCGACCUCCUCUACCACAAAAAUGGUAUCAUCUACUGCCUCACUCGGUUUGGAGAUGUCCAUGUGCUCCACCUGCCACAGCGCCGCCGCCGUGAACCUGUCAUCCUCGAGGUCCACACAUUAGCAUGUCCUGCACUGCACAACAAGCGAAUCAUGCAGAUGUAUGGGACAGGACCGGAUCUAAACGCGCCGGCUACUGUGGAGACAUUGUUGUCGUCUGUGGGAAGCAACCUACCGUUCGAUGCCGCCACCAGUUUCGCCCCGCCAUAUAAUACAAUCUCAACUUUCACUAGUGUUAAUAACAUUGUGUUCUGCGAUGGUAACCUAUACCAAAUCUGGAGGAAUGCGGCCUGCACGAUUAUUUUGCAGCUGCCAGGAGGGGGUCGUUGCUGUGUAGAACAUGAUGAAAUAUUUGUUUUAAGGUAUGACCCCCAGCGCCGACCAUAUUGGGACAUCGUGGCCGACUUAAGGGGACACUCAGUGUUUGUUGGGAGGAACAAUGCAGUGUCGAUAUAUGUGGAAGGUGUUCCGGGACUCAAGGGUGAUUGUGUGUACUGGAUCGGUGGGAGAGGUAGGGACCGGGGCAUGGUCUAUGACAUGAAAACUGGCAGGUCAACACCUUGCAUUCCCCUCAUGGAUGGUGUCGUUCCGGGGUCUCCACAAAGCACAAUCUGCUGGUACUUUCUAAGUGAUGAAUGA